AAGUUUGGUGCCACGUAGUUAUCCUAAACACCACUAUAGUACUGUAUUUACUUUGUUCAUUUAAUUUAAGGAACUCUUUCACAAAAAUCUGUGAGUACGCUUUCUAAGUGACAAGAUGAUAUGUUUUUCUAUUUGUUCGCUGUUAUCGUUUGUAACAAUGCUAACCCAUGGAGCCAAGCUGCCUGACCCUGAGGUGAAAAUAGAAGUUCUGCAUAAACCUCUCAUGUGUUACCGCAAGACAAAAUAUGGAGACAUGCUUCUUGUCCAUUAUGAGGGAUACCUGGAGAGCAAUAGCACCAUGUUUCACUCCAGCCGCACGGAAGGGGAUAAAAACCCAAUGUGGUUCACCUUGGGGAUCCGAGAGGCUCUCAAGGGCUGGGAUAAGGGGUUGAAGAACAUGUGCACAGGAGAGCGCCGGAAACUGACCAUCCCUCCAGCUCUUGCCUACGGGAAGGAAGGGAAAGGCAAGAUCCCUCCGGGCAGCACCCUCGUAUUUGACAUCGAGCUCAUCGAUAUCCGCAAUGGGCCACGAUCGCACGAUUCCUUCCGGGAGAUGGAUCUCAACGAUGACUGGAAGCUCUCCAGGCAGGAGGUGAAGGCGUACCUGAAGAAGGAGUUUGAGAAGCACGGUUACUCACCGAACGACACGCACCACGAAGUGAUGGUAGAGGACAUCUUUAAAAAUGAGGACGAGGACAAAGACGGUUUCAUUUCCACCAGAGAAUUCACUUAUCAACACGACGAACUGUAAAGGACGCACAUGCAGGCAGGACAAGUUGCAUGUAUUUUCAUUUUACCUCUUGAUUUAACUUGAAAGCUUUACGUUGGUUUUAGUGAAAUGUAUUCAUGUGCACAUUCAACAUGCACUGAAAAUGUCACGACAGAUGUAUUUAAAAUGGAAUUUUACUUGUUUUCCCUUUGGAAUGUAAAAAAAAAUAUUUAAAAUAGUAUUGUCAAAGGAUUUAUUUGUUAAAAUCAAAUUAAUCACGAUUAACCACAGUACAUUUCCUGCUUACAUGAUUUAAACCAGAGGGUUCGUAAGUUCGUAACCUUUUUUUUACCUUAGGGCCCAACUUUUCCACCACAGAGAGGCCUGGGCCCACUCAAAUUUUAACACUAAAUUAGUCAUCUUACUCUUGAUUUUAAUGAUAUGCAAUAAUUAUAUCUAACCUACUUACAGUUGAACAAGAUAAACCCUGUCAUUUGAUAUAAAAGCAUGUGUUAAUCACAAAGAUUAUUAUCAAGGCUUAGGUCAGGCUGAUUACAAAGAUAAAUACUACGGUUAUUGAAUAUACAGCAAAAUAAGUGACUCAUAAAAACUGAUGAAAAAUACAUUUAUAUACAAUUACGCAGUGUUAAAAUAAAUCUAUUCUAACUAAUAAUAAUAUAUAUGUAUCAAUAAAAUUAAAACGCAAAUGAAGACAAUGCAGCUUCACCAAUUUAGUCAUAUUUUUUGUGCUUAAGAAACUUUUCUAAGACUUUAGCUCCAGACUUCUUCUGUUUGUUUGAUAUUUUCUUUACUGCCACAAGUGGAGGAAAAGUGUAUUACCGCUGAGUACCGCUGAAGCCCAUACGGACCACAGCUUAGGAACAGAUAUUUUUGGCAGCCCAACAAUGGCUAGGAAACACUGAUUUAAACAAACAGAAAAAAGACCCCAAAAUUUUGACGCUAAUGCAAUUUUAUUGUCAGAAUGUCAUACACAUAUUUAACAAUUUUAGCUUAAAUGUAUGCCUUUUUUAUUUGCUCAAAACCUGGAAAUUUACCAGCAAGUUAAACAGUCAGUUUCCUUACUCAUCUCUGCACUGACAUAUGCAUUGACCUGAUCACUGACCGUAUAACAACCUGCGAAGAUUUUCAGGUAUUCAUACACAGUAAAGGAGCAUGUGCGCUCAAAAUAAAUUGCGUGAUUUUUCUGCAAAAAUACAUAAUUACAGUAAUGCCUUGUUGAUCGCUGUUAUUUGGUUCUGGACAUGACCACGAUAAAUUAAGUUCCGCGAAGUAGGAAUCAUUAAUUAUAAAUAUAAACAAAUAUUUUCAUAGCAAGAAGAACAUAAAACAACUAUUAUAAGAGCGUUUCUAGUUGUAACCUUUACACUUUUUUUACUCCAGUAUAGUAAUGCUGCCUGAUGCUGUGCCAAUCAGUGGCCACGAUACUAAACAAAGGGGACGGCGUGGCGCGGUUGGGAGAAUGGCCGUGCCAGCAACCUAUCGAUCCCCACCUUCUACCAACCUAGUCACGUCCGUUGUGUCCUUGAGCAAGACGCUUCACCCUUGCUCCUGAUGAGUUGUGGUUAGGGCCUUGCAUGGCAGCUCCCGCCAUCAGUGUGUGAAUGUGUGUGUGAAUGGGUGAAUGUGGAAAUAGUGUCAAAAGCGCUUUGAGUACCUUGAAGGUAGAAAAGCGCUAUACAAGUAUAACCCAUUUAAAGUGCUAUGAUUGGUUUGGUCUCCUCUAGUGGCCAAUACUACUGUAGUAUUGAUCAUUUAAGUUGAUUUAGCCAUUUUUAUGCUUAAUUAAGGCCCCCAAAUUAGUAAAAUAUGCUUUACAAAAAAUAAAAAAAUCUGCGAUGCGGUGAGGCCGCAAUGUUUGAAGCGUGAUGUGGCGAGGGAUGACUGUAAUGCAACAUUUUUUUUGUAAUUAAUCACAUGAGUAAAUGGAUUACAUUUAGCAGCCCUGAUUUUAAAACAAUGUGUGGUUUUUACGUCAAAUUUUUGUCUGACAGUUAUAAGGUGUGUAAAGUUCUGAUUGUUUUAGUAAAAUAGUUUGUGCUGUUAAAAACGGUCCUUUGUGCUACUUUAGUUUUUGAGUUAUUGAAUAACCGAGCCCCAUUUUCUCCAAAUGAAAGCAACAUAUCUUCACUAAUCAAUAGACUUAGACAAACUUUAUUGAUCCACAAGGGAAAUUGUUCCACACAGUAGCUCAGUUCCAAAGGAUGGAAAGGGCAAUGCAGGUAUAAAGUAGACAAAAAAUUUACCAUAGUAGCAAUAUAAAAUAUAACAUAUGUAAUGUUUACAUAUUAUAUAUAUACAGUAUAUAAUAUAUACUGAUAUAUUAUAUUAUUAUAUUAUACCAGCGACCCCGAAAGGGACAAGCGGUAGAAAAUGGAUGGGUGGAUUAUAUUUUUAUAUAUAGUAUUGCGUUUGGGCUGGACUGUGGCGUUAAAAUGACCGAUUUUGUUGUUAUUCUCAUUUGUUAUUCAAGACAGUGAUACCUCGGUUUUCGUACGUCCCAAUUUGUGCAUGAUUUUGUUUUGGAGGAAUACUUUGAACGAAAGUUUGCCCAGAUUUUCUAUUUUCAUUUAACGUUACCGUAUGGCCAAACAAUAUGCCUAACAUAGCGUAUUUUGCCAUGUAAUGAAGCACCCAAACAAAGAGUCGUGCGUGUCGGUGACUCAUCUCUGUGAAGAAUGAAUUGUGCUAUUUUGAGAGUUGGGCCACUGUGGAAAGAUUUGGGCCAACAUCUUCUUUAUUACAGUAUGUGUGUGUGCUUUGUGUGUUCAUAGAAUGCACACAAAACGAUGAACAAAUCUGUGUCUGUCUUCUUUAUUCAUGUCAAUGCAAGAUCUGUCAAGCACUGUGCUGCCCAUGCUUUGUUUACAUGGUGAGGCGUUCAAGUGAACUGCGUGACGAGCGUUAGGCAGUUACAGGCUUUCAGACGGUUGGUUUAUUGAGUACAGCUGCAAAAUAAGGCGCUAUCCACACAGGAACGUUUUUAGGUGGAAACUGUAAAGUUUUGAGCUCUGGGAGCCUGAAACGUUUUUUUAAUGGGAAAGUCUGAUAUUAUUAUUGUGUGGACAAGCAAUGAAACCACUACUUUUUGAUAACGAUGACCACAAGAAAGAGAGAAGUGAUGCAACAUCUGCUAACAACAACGAUUAACUUGGGUUUUAGUGAUGUCAUGUGUGUCACACUCAUCAUCUGACCUUGCAAAAGUCAGUUUUUUUGCGCCUCAGCCAUGCUCGUCAUAUUCUUAUUGUUUUUGUGUCAAGAUGACACCUUUUUUUUCUUUUGGUUAUUUUGGUGUUUCCAACGACUCUGUCUAUGUCUGCACUUGUGAUGAGGCAUUGUAGUACAGUACAUCAUUUUCACCCAGUACUGUGAUGCGUUCCUGUCUGACUGUGACUCGAUGUUGAUACGACACCAUGUGGUUGAGUUUGCAGAAGCUUACUGUGUGGAAAGGCCCAAGCCACCAUGGGGCCAAAGAAAGUUGCAAGUGCCAGCCCCUUUGAUUAAAAAAGGUAAAAAUCACUCUUGAAUUGAAGAAAUAGCUAAACACAGUGGUACCUCAACUUAAGAGUGUUUGGAGAUAAGAGUUGUCUCUCAGCUAAUUGUUAUGCUUUAAGCCGCAAACAAAAAUUUGAGUUACAAACAUCCCCGCCGUUAGUUGGUGUGGCAAAUGUCACAGUGAGUGACCUCAGUAAGAUCCAACCAAAACAUCCGGUAUAAGCUUUUAGCUAAAGAUGUGGACAACUUUGUUUUUCAAAUCAUGGGAAGGAAGAAAGUGAAUGUCAAGGACAGUGCUGGGAAGAAGUAUUUG